AGCUGUCUCUCUCCGCAACCAAGGCGCACACUCUCUCGGCUGUAUUAUCUCUUGCUGUCUCUAAACCCUAUAGAGACAUCUCAGGGGGUUUAGAUUGGGGAUCAUUUUCGAUCGUCGAUUUUUUUUUGAUCCGAAUUCGAUAUUCCCGAUAUGGACCUUCCUGGCCUUGCCGUCAUCCUCCAAGCUGCUCUUAGCCCCAACCCCGAUGAGCGUAAGGCCGCGGAGCAGAGCCUCAAUCAGUUUCAGUACUCACCCCAGCAUUUGGUGAGGCUCUUGCAAAUAAUUGUGGAUAACAACUGCGACAUGGCCGUGCGCCAAGUUGCCAGCAUUCAUUUCAAAAACUUCAUCGCCAAGAACUGGUCGCCUCAUGAGCCUGAUGAGCAGCAGAAGAUUUUGCAAAGUGAUAAAGACAUGGUGAGGGAUCAUAUUCUAGUGUUUGUACACCAACUUCCCCCUUUGUUGAGGGUACAGCUGGGUGAGUGCCUCAAGACGAUUAUCCAUGCUGAUUACCCUGAACAGUGGCCACACCUUUUGGACUGGGUGAAGCAUAACUUACAGGAUCAACAAGUCUAUGGAGCUCUGUAUGUGUUGCGGAUUCUUGCUAGAAAAUACGAGUUCAAGUCUGAUGAGGAGAGAACACCGGUUCAUCGCAUUGUUGAGGAGACAUUCCCUCAUCUGCUCAAUAUAUUUAAUAGGCUUGUCCAGAUUGUCAACUCGUCACUGGAUGUAGCGGAUCUUAUCAAGCUUAUUUGUAAAAUAUUUUGGUCAUCCAUAUAUUUGGAGAUUCCGAAGCAGCUAUUUGAUCCAAAUAUGUUCAGUGCUUGGAUGAUUCUUUUCCUAAAUAUAUUGGAGAGGCCCGUCCCCUCGGAAGGGCAGCCUGCUGAUCCCGAACUUAGGAAAUCAUGGGGGUGGUGGAAGGUCAAGAAAUGGACAAUUCACAUCUUAAAUAGGCUAUACACUCGGUUUGGUGAUCUGAAACUUCAAAACCCAGAAAACAAAACUUUUGCUCAAAUGUUUCAGAAGAGUUAUGCAGGAAAGAUUUUGGAGUCUCACUUAAAUUUGCUGAAUGUGAUCCGUGUUGGUGGAUAUUUACCCGACAGAGUUAUCAACCUCAUUCUUCAAUACAUAAGCAACAGUAUCUCGAAGAACAGUAUGUAUAAUCUGCUUCAAUCUCGACUUGAUAGUCUUCUUUUUGAGAUAGUUUUUCCCCUUAUGUGCUUCAAUGACAACGAUCAAAAGCUUUGGGAUGAAGACCCACAUGAGUAUGUGAGGAAGGGUUAUGAUAUCAUUGAAGAUUUAUACAGUCCGAGGACUGCUGCAAUGGAUUUUGUCAGUGAGUUGGUUAGAAAACGUGGAAAAGAAAAUCUUCAAAAGUUUAUUCAAUUCGUAGUGGAAAUUUUUAAGCGCUAUGAUGAAGCACCAGUAGAGUACAAACCCUACAGACAGAAAGAUGGUGCUCUUCUUGCUAUUGGAGCUCUUUGUGAUAAAUUGAAGCAAACUGAACCUUACAAGUCCCAACUUGAGCGAAUGUUAGUGCAGCAUGUCUUCCCUGAAUUCAGUAGUCCUGUUGGGCAUCUUAGAGCCAAGGCAGCAUGGGUUGCAGGGCAGUAUGCCCACAUAAACUUUUCUGACCAGAACAAUUUCCGUAAGGCCUUACGGAGUGUUGUGUCUGGGAUGCGGGAUCCCGAACUUCCUGUUCGUGUUGAUUCUGUUUUUGCGCUGCGCUCUUUUGUUGAAGCUUGCAGAGAUUUGAAUGAAAUCCGUCCAAUUCUUCCUCAACUCCUUGAUGAGUUCUUUAAACUUAUGAAUGAGGUUGAGAAUGAGGACCUCGUAUUUACUCUAGAGACUAUAGUGGACAAGUUUGGGGAGGAGAUGGCACCUUAUGCCCUUGGGUUAUGCCAGAAUUUGGCAGCUGCGUUUUGGAGGUGUAUGAACACUGCUGAAGCUGACGAUGAAGCUGACGAUCCUGGUGCUUUGGCUGCAGUUGGUUGUUUACGUGCCAUUAGUACAAUUCUUGAAUCAGUUAGCAGGCUUCCUCACCUUUUUGUCCAAAUCGAGCCAACUUUGCUUCCAAUAAUGCGCAGAAUGUUAACAAGUGAUGGCCAAGAGGUUUUUGAAGAAGUUUUGGAAAUUGUGUCCUAUAUGACUUUCUUUUCACCGACAAUAUCUAUGGAUAUGUGGAGUCUUUGGCCAUUGAUGAUGGAAGCAUUGGCAGAUUUUGCUAUCGACUAUUUUCCAAAUAUUCUGGUUCCUUUGGACAACUACAUAUCCAGAGGAACUGCACAUUUCCUCGCUUGUAAAGAACCAGAUUACCAGCAAAGCCUUUGGAAUAUGAUUUCAUCUAUCAUGGCAGAUAAAAAUAUGGAGGACAAUGAUAUUGAGCCAGCACCAAAGCUCAUUCAAGUGGUGUUCCAGAAUUGCAAGGGGCAGGUGGAUCAAUGGGUUGAGCCGUAUAUCAGAAUCACAGUUGAGCGGUUGCGUCGGGCCGAGAAGUCAUACUUGAAAUGUCUUCUCAUGCAAGUGGUUGCAGAUUCUCUUUUCUACAAUGCAGCUUUGACAUUAAGCAUAUUGCAAAAGCUGGGUGUUGCGACUGAAAUCUUCAACCUUUGGUUCCAGAUGCUGCAACAAGUUAAAAAGAGUGGUGUACGUGCUAAUUUUAAAAGAGAACAUGAUAAGAAAGUUUGCUGCUUGGGAUUGACAUCACUCCUAGCACUUCCGGCUGAUCAAUUGCCUGGGGAAGCUUUGGGGCGUGUUUUCAGGGCAACCCUUGACCUCCUAGUUGCGUAUAAAGACCAAGUUGCAGAAGCUGCAAAAGAAGAAGAAGCCGAAGAUGAUGAUGAUAUGGACGGUUUUCAAACUGACGAUGAUGAAGAUGAUGGUGAUGGAUCUGACAAGGAAAUGGGAAUUGAAACUGAGGAUGGUGAUGAAGCUGACAGUAUUAGACUCCAAAAGUUGGCUGAACAGGCAAAAGCUUUCCGCCCAAAUGAUGAGGAUGAUGAUGACUCGGAUGAUGACUACAGUGAUGAUGAAGAGUUGCAAUCACCAAUUGAUGAGGUGGACCCGUUUGUUUUCUUUGUGGAUACAGUCAAAGCCUUGCAAGUGUCGGAUCCAUUGAGGUUCCAGAACCUUACGCAGACACUUGACUUCCAUUAUCAAGCCCUUGCCAAUGGUGUUGCCCAGCAUGCUGAACAGAGGAGAGCAGAUAUCGAAAAGGAAAGAAUGGAGAAGGCAGCAGUUACUGCUGCUCCUUAAGCUUUUGGUGUCAUGCUGUGGCCAAAAUUUUGGUUUGCUUAUUACCAUUCAAUUCGUUAUGGUUUAUUGAGAAAGAGAGUCGUUGCCAGUCCCUUCAGAGCAUUUGGUCGGUUCAAUGAUCAUAGAGGUCGGUGAGCCCCGAUGAGUUCUCAGGUUAAAGUGUUUGGAGCUUUGCUUGUCCAAGUGCCCACUGAUAUACAGUGAGAUUAAUGAUCGCCGGAGCUAGUCCUUUGUUCAAUUCAGGGUCGAGUUAUUGUCCUUGUCUGGUGAGUCUGGCAAUUCUAUGGCAGAAAUAUGCCUUUCUGAACCGGUCUGUGUUGUCCUUUCCUCCUUGCUCUCAUGUUCACUAGUGACCAUUUCUUUGGGUUGAAUAUUCCCAUUCCAGGAUUUAUUGAUUUAGGAACCCUAGGAUCUGCUCUCUUGGCCUGAGAGCAGUAGGGGGUUUUCAUGCAUACAAGUCUGUAAUAUUUCUUUCCAUAUACGGAUGGGUGUUAUGUGGGGGUGGUUGAUGGCUGGAUUGAUAAUUUUUGCUGCUCGGUGACCAACGAAAAUUUUCUCCGCUUUUUCCCUUUUAUUUGGUAUAUAGUGUAGGGUUCGAUAUUGGUUUAUUUGGGUUUGGGAGUUUUGGGUUGAUUGCAGAGGGCUUCUGAGGGGUAGCUUGCUGCCGAUUGUAAAACAGUUACGUCUAUUCUUUAUAUAAUGUAGAUUCAUGAGAUGAAAGCGGCUUCAUUCUUUAUCUAAACCAAUUUAAUGGC